AUGGCUCCUUCAGUUCUGCUUGAUCACGCAAGCGCUGCUAGCAGCGAAAACAACGUGUCUCCGAGUCAAGGGGUAGAAAACAUCCUGUCGAAGCCACUGGACUUGGAUGCACAACUUGGCAUUUUCAAUACUCUAUCCCGUUUCAUCCCAGAUAAAGAUGAAAAUCAUUCAUUCUGGUGGAAAGUGACCGGCUCGCAAGUGGCGCGGAUGCUGCACGAGGCUCGAUACCCGGAGCAGCGCCAGAUCGAGCUGUUGCUAUUCCACCGCUUCUAUGUCGUGCCGCGGCUGGGCCCAAAGGCCGUGGCUGCAGUCCCCCAAUUCUGGAGCCGCAUCGCUCCCGGUAUUGGUGAUGGUUCUCCUAUCAGUUACAGCUGGCGAUGGGGGACGGGCCCAGGCUCCAAAGUAUUAAUCCGCCACUACAUGGAGGCCAUGGGGUCUCUGACGGGAACACCAGCGGACCCAUUAAAUGAGAUCGCCGCCAAGGAGAUGCUGUGGGAGCUUGGGAAUAAGUUCCCGACUACCGACCUGUCUCUCCUGUGGAAGUUUGCUGCUCAUAUCAAACCAAGCCUCACAGAUGAGGCAACACGCAAGGCUGCGGGGUCCUCAAUCCUCGUGGGUCUGGAGACCGCCGCCGAUAGUCAUACUGUGGAUGUCAUGGCGGGUUUGAUGACCCGUGCUCCGUCACAAGUUCAAAACAUGCUCCAUGGUGUCUUCCCGAGGGCCAUGCGCGAUGCCUAUGGCGAGGAUGUGUCCCUGGACUGUCUAAAUGCAGUUCGGGAUUUCAUCGAGACAGAUCCACAUGGAAAUCUCCUCACAGUGUUGGGCACAACUGCUAUUGACUGCUGCAACCCGGAGGUCUCUCGAUUCAAGGUCUACGUCACUACACGCAGUGCUUCCUUCGAUCACAUUGCAGCUGUGAUGACUCUCGGAGGAAGGAAGCCUGCACCACAACGCACGCUCGACCAGCUGCGGGAGCUAUGGUACAGCCUUCGAGGUUUGGAGGCUGGUUUCCCUACCUCGGACGAGCCGACAGCUCUUCCAUGCGUUUAUAGUCGACCAGGUCUUCCAAACGGACGCAGCGGGGCUGUCGCUAACGCUAACAUCAGCGGAGUAACUUUCUACUUUGACAUCCACCCCAAAUACGCCGUACCCCACGUGAAGAUGCAAGUCGAUGUAAGCAAACACUCGGAUAGUGAUUUAGCUGCGAUUCAAGCGGUCACUGGCUUCCUCGAGCGCCGGGGACAAGGUCGAGAUGCACAGGCGUACAUCAACGUAGUGCGCGGGAUGGUCACCGAGGAAGAGCUGCGAACCAAGCGCGGGUUCCAAGCCUUCUUCGCCUUGGCUAUCAAGAAUGAUGAGAUUGAUAUUACGUCCUACUUUCUCCCACAGGUCUAUAGGAGAUUUGCGCAGAUUGAGGGGGAGCUCUCGCCAAAAGGUCAUAGACGAAGCCGUUUUGACUCGCAUUGA